AUGAGUUCCUGCUUCGUGCCGAACGGGGCCAGCCUGGAGGAUUGCCAUUCCAACCUCUUCUGCCUGGCUGAUCUAACUGGGAUUAAAUGGAAGCGAUAUGUAUGGCAGGGUCCAACAUCUGCCCCCAUUCUCUUCCCGGUCACAGAAGAAGACCCUAUUUUGAGCAGCUUCAGCCGCUGUCUGAAGGCAGAUGUACUCAGUGUUUGGCGCCGAGACCAGAGACCGGGACGCAGGGAGCUAUGGAUAUUUUGGUGGGGUGAUGACCCCAACUUUGCUGACCUUAUUCAUCAUGAUCUCUCAGAAGAGGAAGAUGGUGUUUGGGAGAAUGGACUUUCAUAUGAAUGUCGCACUCUGCUUUUCAAAGCCGUUCACAACCUGUUGGAGAGGUGUCUGAUGAACAGAAAUUUCGUACGCAUUGGGAAGUGGUUUGUGAAGCCUUAUGAGAAAGAUGAGAAACCUAUAAACAAAAGCGAGCACUUGUCCUGCUCAUUCACCUUCUUCUUACAUGGAGAUAGCAAUGUUUGCACCAGUGUGGAGAUCAGUCAGCAUCAACCUGUGUACCUGCUCAGUGAAGAACACCUCACUCUUGCCCAGCAGUCGAACAGCCCUUUUCAAGUUAUUCUGAGUCCCUUUGGAUUAAAUGGCACGCUCACAGGGCAGUCAUUCAAGCUUUCCGAUUCAUCAACAAAAAAGCUUAUUGGUGAAUGGAAACAAUUCUAUCCUGUCACAUCCAACUUGAAGGAGGGAUUUGAGGAAAAACAGGAAGACAUGGAUUGGGAGGAUGAUUCUUUAGCUGCUGUUGAAGUCCUUGUUGCUGGUGUGCGAAUGGUAUACCCAGCAUGCUUCGUUCUAGUUCCCCAGACAGACAUCCCUACCCCUAGUACCGUAGGGGCAUCGCACUGUUCGACUACUUGCUUGGGUGUCCACCAAGUGCCUGCUUCCACAAGAGAUCCUGCCAUGUCUUCAGUAACUCUGACUCCACCGACAUCCCCAGAGGAAGUUCAAACAGUUGAUGCUCAAUCUGCCCAGAAGUGGGUGAAGUUCUCUUCAGUUUCUGAUGGAUUCAUCUCUGACAGUACCAGCCAUCAUGGUGGCAAAAUACCUAGAAAGCUGGCCAACCAAGUGGUGGACAGAGUUUGGCAAGAAUGCAAUAUGAACAGAGCACAGAACAAGAGGAAGUAUUCUGCUACAUCAAAUGGCUUGUGUGAUGAAGAGACAGCUGAAAAGAUAGCAUGCUGGGAUUUUGUUGAAGCCACGCAGAGGACAAAUUGCAAUUGUUCAAGGCACAAAAAUCUCAAACCAAGAAAUUCAGGUCAACAGGGGCAGGCACCACCUGUGGGCCAACAACAGCAAGCAGCUCCAAAGCACAAGACAAAUGAGAAGCAAGACAAAGGGGAUAAGCCACAGAAACGCCCUUUGACUCCUUUUCAUCAUCGUGUAUCUAUCAGUGACGAUGUUGCCAUGGAGGCAGAUUCAGCGAGUCAGAGGCUUGUGAUGACUGCACCAGACAGUCAAGUGAGAUUUUCAAAUAUCCGAACUAAUGAUGUAGCAAAGACUCCUCAGAUGCAUAAUGCUGAAAUGGCAAAUUCACCUCAGCCACCACCACUUAGUCCUCACCCGUGUGAUGUAGUUGAUGAAGGGGUAGCUAAAGCUCCUUCUACGCCUCAGAGUCAACAUUUCUACCAGAUGCCAACACCAGACCCCUUGGUUCCCACAAAAACAAUGGAAGACAGACUCGAUGGCUUGUCUCAGCCUUUUCCAGCUCAAUUUCCUGAAGUUAUAGAGCCUACAAUGUAUGUUGGUACUGCAGUGAAUUUGGAGGAAGAUGAAGCUGAUACUACUUGGAAGUAUUAUAGAGUUCCAAAGAAAAAGGAUGGGGAAUUCUUACCACCUCAGCUUCCAAAUGAUAAGUUGAGAGAUGAUCCAGUAAUACCUGCUGGACAGGAAAACCUAACAUCAGUUACAGAAUUAAUGGUGCAAUGUAGGAAACCUCUAAAGGUUUCAGAUGAACUGGUGCAAAAGUAUCAGAGUAAAAACCAGUACCUAGCAGCAGUAGCAACGGAAGCUGACCAGGAACCUGAAAUUGAUCCUUAUGCCUUUGUUGAUGGUGAUGUGGAAUUCUUAUUCCCUGAUAGUAAAAAAGAUAGGCAGAACAUUGAGAGGGAAGCUGGGAAGAAACACAAGGCUGAGGAUGGGACAUCUGGUGUUACAGUUUUAGCCCAUGAAGGAGAGGAUGCUAUGUCUCUAUUUAGUCCUUCUGUCAAGCAAGAUGCCCAACGUAUUGCUGCUCAUGCUCGCACUGCAUCAACUAGCCUAUUCCAUGAAACAGAUUUGGUGGUCUCUUAUACUGACCUUGACAAUCUCUUCAAUUCUGAUGAAGAUGAACUAACACCCGGAUCUAAAAGAACAGUGAAUGGCACUGAUGACAAAUCCAACUGCAAAGAGGCAAAAGCAGGAAAUCUAGACCCACUGUCAUGCAUAAGCACUGCAGAUCUCCAUAAAAUGUAUCCAACUCCACCUUCACUGGAACAACAUAUUAUGGGAUUUUCUCCAAUGAACAUGAAUAAUAAGGAAUAUGGCAGUAUGGACACUACACUUGGAGGAACAGUACUUGAAGGGAGUAGCUCGAGUGUGGGAGCUCAGUUCAGAAUUGAAGUAGAUGAGGGGUUUUGCAGCCCCAAACCUGCUGAAAUAAAGGAUUAUUCUUAUGUUUAUAAACCCGAGAAUUGUCAAGCUUUAGUGGGAUGUUCCAUGUUUGCACCACUGAAGACGCUUCCCAGCCAGUGUCUUCCUCCCAUCAAACUGCCAGAAGAAUGCAUUUAUCGCCAGAGCUGGGCUGUGGGAAAGUUGGAUUUACUUCCUCCAGGACCUGCCAUGCCAUUCAUCAAAGAUGGUGAUGGAAGCACUAUGGAUCAAGAGUAUGGCCCUGCAUACACACCACAAACUCAUACUCCAUUUGGGAUGCCACCAAGUAGCGCACCUCCCAGUAACAGUGGAGCUGGAAUUCUCCCUUCUCCUUCCACCCCUCGUUUCCCAACUCCUAGAACACCAAGGACUCCUCGAACCCCUCGUGGGGCUGGUGGACCUGCAAGUGCACAGGGUUCAGUCAAAUAUGAGAACUCUGAUUUAUACUCACCAGCUUCCACACCAUCAACAUGUAGACCGCUUAAUUCUGUUGAACCUGCAACUGUGCCUUCCAUUCCAGAGGCACACAGUCUUUAUGUGAAUCUCAUCCUCUCAGAGUCUGUAAUGAAUCUCUUCAAAGACUGUAACUUUGACAGCUGCUGCAUAUGUGUUUGCAAUAUGAACAUCAAAGGUGCUGAUGUUGGAGUUUACAUUCCUGAUCCAACACAAGAGGCCCAGUAUAGAUGUACCUGUGGUUUCAGUGCUGUUAUGAAUAGAAAAUUUGGCAACAGUUCUGGACUGUUUCUUGAAGAUGAAUUGGAUAUUCUAGGACGUAAUACAGAGUGCGGCAAAGAAGCAGAAAAACGCUUUGAAGCUCUCAGAGCUACUUCUAUUGAACAUGGCAGUGGAGGACUGAAAGAGCCUGAGAAGCUGCCUGAUGACUUAAUACUGCUGCUGCAGGAUCAGUGCACCAACUUGUUCUCACCGUUUGGAGCAGCAGAUCAAGAUUCCAUUCCCAAAGUUGGUGCAGUUAGCAACCUGGUACGUGUAGAAGAAAGGGAUUGUUGCAAUGACUGCUACUUAGCCUUGGAACAUGGACGGCAGUUCAUGGACAAUAUGUCAGGAGGGAAAGUUGAUGAAGCACUUGUGAAAACUACUUGCUUGCACCACUGGUCAAAAAGAAACGUUGUGGAUGUGAGCAUGCAGUGUUCCCAGGACAUCCUCCGCAUGCUCCUCUCGCUCCAGCCCGUUCUUCAGGAUGCAAUUCAGAAGAAGCGGACGGUCCGGUCCUGGGGUGUGCAGGGGCCCCUCACGUGGCAGCAGUUCCACAAGAUGGCUGGCAGAGGCUCUUACGGAACUGAUGAGUCCCCGGAACCACUGCCAAUCCCAACAUUUUUGUUGGGAUACGAUUAUGAUUUUCUGGUGCUGUCUCCAUUUGCAUUGCCGUAUUGGGAGAGGCUGAUGCUGGAACCUUAUGGAUCUCAAAGAGAUGUUGCUUAUGUUGUGGUGUGCCCUGAGAAUGAGGCUCUUCUGAAUGGAGCAAAAAGCUUCUUUAGGGAUCUGACUGCAAUAUAUGAGUCAUGCAGGCUUGGUCAGCACAGACCUAUCUGUAAGUUACUGCCUGAUGGGAUCAUGCGAGUUGGACCUACUGCUUCAAAGAAGCUUUCUGAGAAGCUGGUCACAGAGUGGUUCUCACAGACUGCUAAUGCCAACAAUGAAGCGUUUUCCAAACUCAAACUAUAUGCUCAAGUUUGCAGAUACGAGCUGGGUCCUUAUCUUGCCUCUCAGCCUUUGGACAAUUCUUUACUUUCCCAAAUAAAUCUGGUCCCUCCCUCCAGCCAGCCAGCCUCUGCUCUGCCCCCAGUGACAGCUAACACUGGAAAUCCUAACACUCCAUCAUCUGCUCCUGCAGCUCCCACCAGUAGUACUAUUACAGUGACAUCAAACAGUGCCAUGUCUUCUGCAGCUACUACAGCUAAUUCGACAUUGACUACCACUGCCCCAUCGUCCUCUUCUGCCAACCUAGGCAGUGGGAUCCCAACAAGCAAGCCUUCUUCAUUUCCACCUUUUAGCAGUAUGAACAAUACCACUUCUGCCUCCCUGCCCACUCAGGCUGCAACAGUCCAAAAUGGGCAAACAGGAGGACAGCAGCAACAGCCAACACUGCAAACAGCUGGGAUGUCUGGAGAUGCUACUUCAGCGCCUGCACAGCCCCACCCAGAAGUUUCUGAAAGCACUAUGGAUCGUGAUAAAGUUGGAGUCCCUACAGAUGGAGAUUCACAUGCUAUCACCUAUCCACCUGCAAUUGUAGUUUACAUUAUUGAUCCUUUUACAUAUGAAAAAAAGGAUGAGAACAGCAGCUCAUCUAGUUUAUGGACACUUGGACUUCUGCGCUGCUUUUUAGAGAUGGUUCAGGUUCUUCCUCCUAACAUCAAGAACAUAAUUUCUGUGCAGAUUGUCCCGUGUCAGUACCUUCUCCAACCUGUGAAACAUGAGGAGCGGCAGAUUUACACUCAGCAUUUAAAAUCUCUGGCAUUUUCAGCUUUUACUCAGUGUCGGAGACCUCUUCCAACUUCCACCAAUGUGAAAACAUUAACUGGCUUUGGCCCAGGUUUAGCCAUGGAAACGGCUCUUAAGAGCCCUGAUAGACCUGAGUGUAUUCGACUGUACACCCCUCCUUUUAUACUGGCUCCAGUAAAGGACAAGCAAACAGAACUAGGAGAAACUUUUGGAGAAGCUGGCCAGAAGUAUAACGUGCUUUUUGUAGGCUACUGUUUGUCUCACGAUCAACGAUGGCUUCUUGCAUCUUGUACAGAUCUCUAUGGAGAACAGUUAGAAACUUGCAUAAUUAAUAUUGAUGUACCAAACAGAGCUCGCAGGAAAAAGGGUUCUGCCCGCAGACUUGGUCUUCAGAAACUCUGGGAAUGGUGCCUGGGACUUGUGCAGAUGAGCUCUUUGCCAUGGAGAGUUGUAAUAGGCCGCUUAGGAAGAAUAGGACAUGGGGAAUUAAAAGACUGGAGUUGCUUGCUGAGUCGCCGAAACCUUCAGUCCCUUAGCAAGAGACUAAAAGACAUGUGCAGAAUGUGUGGUAUCUCUGCUGCGGACUCCCCCAGCAUUCUCAGUGCUUGUUUGGUGGCAAUGGAACCACAGGGGUCCUUCAUUAUUAUGCCAGAUUCUGUAUCGACUGGCUCCGUAUUUGGACGUAGCACCACUUUAAACAUGCAGACAUCUCAGCUGAACACCCCACAGGACACAUCAUGCACUCAUAUACUUGUGUUUCCCACAUCUGCAUCUGUGCAAGUAGCAUCGUCAACUUACACCACUGAAAACUUGGAUCUGGCCUUUAACACAAACAAUGAUGGAGCAGAUGGAAUGGGAAUCUUUGACUUGUUAGACACUGGAGAUGAUCUUGAUCCUGAUAUUAUAAAUAUUCUUCCUGCAUCCCCUACUGGAUCCCCUGUACAUUCUCCAGGGUCCCACUACCCCCAUGGAGGUGAUAUGGGCAAGGGUCAAGGUACAGAUCGAUUGCUUUCAACAGAAUCUCAUGAUGAAGUAACAAAUAUACUGCAACAGCCAUUGGCCCUUGGCUAUUUUGUGUCAACUGCCAAAGCAGGUCCGUUGCCUGACUGGUUCUGGUCAGCGUGCCCUCAAGCACAAAAUCAGUGUCCCUUGUUUCUUAAGGCCUCUUUGCACCUCCACGUGCCUUCAGUGCAAUCAGACGAGCUACUGCACAGUAAACACUCCCAUCCACUUGAUUCUAAUCAAACUUCUGAUGUGCUCAGGUUUGUUCUGGAACAGUACAAUGCACUCUCCUGGCUAACCUGUGAUCCUGCGACCCAGGACAGACGGUCAUGUCUCCCAGUUCAUUUUGUGGUGCUGAAUCAGUUGUAUAACUUUAUCAUGAAUAUGCUGUGAUCUUCAUCUGACGUUUGCAAGACAAAAAUGAGGAAAAGGGAUAUUUCACUGCAGGACUAAGUUAUAAAUCUUCUCAGUGCAAGUUGUUUGUGAUGGGGUAUGAAUCUUGUUACUUGGAGCAAAUAUUGGUGUGACUUGUGAGAGGGGCAGCUAUCACCCUGCUGUCUUUGAGUCAUUGACUAUGGGGGACACUUUAGAAUGAUGAUCCGAAAGUGUAUUAUAACAUUUUUAGUAGCAAAAUUAACCAUUUUUCCCCAGCCACAGUAUUUGUGAAGAGUAAUGAGCCAUAGUACCCAGUCAUGGUUAAUGAAUAUUAAAAGCAUGGAAAUGAGAAGAAACAUGAGGAACAAUUAAGUUUCAACCUAUGGCUUCAGAACAUCAAGAUGUUCUUGUAUUGGAUUAUAGUACCUAGUAUUCAAAAAUGCCUGCAUCUCUUAUUUAUUGUAAGUUUUUAAAUGUAUAAAUUGUCUUAUAUUUCUUAACCUCUUUUAUAAAAAUUUUCCUAGAAGGUUUAUACUGCCUUCUUGCUUUAAAGCAAUUGGUCUAA